ACGACAUCGUUUCAAGUACAUACUCAAAUCAUCUCGACCCAGUUUACUUCUUCCUUUGAGAAAAAUUGGAAGCUUUGGUGGUUCGAUGGAGGCUAGCAAAAAGGGCUACGCGUGGGCAGUCUCAGCCGGGCUCUGCGCCGCUUCCGCCGCCGUUUCGGCGAAGCUCAUCACUAAUCAGAUUGUAAAGUACUGUUUCGUGGUAUUAUUCAACGUGACGAUGUGGGGGUGCUUUGUGCAAAGCUUAAAAAAUCUGUCAUCUCUGCAAGCUACAGCGACGAACUUUGCUACCAACUUCCUUACUUCUGGUCUGGCUGGAUACUUUUUGUUUCAAGAACCCUUAUCUGAGAAGUGGUUUGCAGGUGCCCUGCUCAUUGUCAUUGGCGCUCUCGUGCUUAGUAAGUCAAGUAUCGAGAAGAAUGUUCAUACGGAUUAAUGUUUCUGCAUUCCACUUCGUGUUCUCGCAUUUGGUUGAGAGGGUUAGGUUUCGUGAUGGAGAGGCCUCAAUCUUGUUCUACACGGAUGGACAGGGUUAGGUUUCGUGAUGGAGAGGAGAGAGGGGUGAAGGGGACUACCGAUGAAGAUACUUUGGACGACAGUAGAGACAAUGGUGAAGAGGAUCUGUCUGAACAGCCCAGCGCCUUUGAAG